CAGUCGUCUCUCACCGUCGGGGCCGGCGCGCGCGAUCUGUAAGGCAAAGAACGGUGGUGCGGGGCUGGGCCUUGAGUGACCAGACAGAAAUCAUCAUGAGUCAGUUUAACUUUGGAUCUGCUUCUGCUGGGGGAGGGUUCAACUUUGGCACUCCAAAGACAGCAGCCACCACAGCACCGACAGGCUAUUCCUUCACACCUGGCAGUGGAACAGGAUUCAGUUUUGGGACACCAACUCAGACCCCAGCAAGCACCCAGUCUACAGGUCUGUUCUCCCUGGCCACCCCUGCUACAUCUGCACAGGCUUCUGGAUUCAGUUUCGGAUCACCGGCCACAUCAACUGCAGCCCCAGCAGGAAAUGUAUUCUCGUUAGGGGGAAGUGUACCAAAGUUAAACUUGGGCAGCAGUGGCACCCCUCAGACUACAGUAAUCACUGGGGGGUUUGGACUUGCUAACAGUACCGCCCUUACCAGCUCUAUACCAAGCAGUGUGUCUUCAAGUCAAGUAGCAGCUCCUUCUGGCUUUGUUUUUGGCCCCACUACCACCACCACUGCUCAGGCUGGGACAACUGGAGGGUUCAACUUUGCCAGCAGCGGAACAGCUCAGACUGGAACCCCGAACUUUAAUAUCAGCUCUGUGGGAAAUACAACUCAGCAAGUAGCACCUACAGGGUUAACCUUUGGAGCAGCCCCAGCUGCUGCCACCAUUGCACCAACUACUGCACAACCAGCCACUGCCUUCAGUCUUGGGGGACAGUCCACAGGUUUAAAUUUUGGAAUACUGGCCUCGACAGCAGCCACCUCUGCACCCACAGGAACAUUGACAGCUACUACCAUCCAGGGACCUAGUUUAUCAUUUGGAACCAAACUCGGAGGCUUGACUGCAACAUCCACAGCUCCUACCACCACAGCUUCCCUUCUUGGUUCAUCUGGGCCUACUUUGUUUGCAUCCAUAGCAAGUUCUUCAGCGCCAAACUCCUCUGCUGCCACAGGCCUCUCACUUGGUGGCACCUCAACUGCAGCAACCAGUCUGGGUACUCUUGGAUUUGGAUUAAAGGUCCCUGGCACGACGACUGCUGCAACCAUCACUACCACGAGCACUUCUUCUGCCCCUAGCACAGGCUUUGCCUUGAAUCUUAAACCACUGACCACCACUGGUACCAUUGGUGCUGUGACUUCUACUGCUACUAUAGCCACCACAACAACCAGUGCUCCCCCAGUGAUGACUUAUGCUCAGCUGGAGAGUCUGAUUAAUAAAUGGAGCCUAGAACUGGAGGACCAGGAGAAACAUUUUCUUCAUCAGGCUACACAGGUCAAUGCCUGGGAUCGGACACUGAUUGAGAAUGGAGAGAAGAUUACUUCAUUACACAGAGAAGUGGAGAAAGUGAAGCUGGAUCAGAAGAGGUUGGAUCAGGAGCUUGAUUUCAUCCUGUCACAACAGAAGGAGCUGGAAGAUUUGCUGAUCCCUCUGGAGGAGUCUGUAAAGGAACAGAGUGGGACUAUCUACUUGCAGCACGCAGAUGAGGAGCGGGAGCGAACCUAUAAAUUGGCUGAAAACAUAGAUGCCCAGUUGAAGCGUAUGGCACAGGAUCUCAAAGACAUCAUUGAGCACCUGAACACAUCUGGGGGCCCUGCCGAUACCAGCGACCCACUCCAGCAGAUCUGUAAAAUUUUGAAUGCACACAUGGAUUCAUUGCAGUGGAUUGACCAGAACUCGGCCCUGCUGCAGAGGAAGGUAGAGGAGGUGACGAAGGUUUGUGAGAGCCGCCGAAAGGAACAGGAACGCAGUUUUCGGAUCACAUUCGAUUGAGUGAUCCAAGAAAUCUCUACUGCUGUAAUAUUCACUUGAUAGCCAUUUAUGUAAAAACUUAGGAAAAAUAGAGUAAAAAUUGUGAUAUCACGUUGUUUUUUGUUUCAAUAAAAUGCUUUUUCAUGCCAAACCUCCUAUUGUCUGCAAUAUCCACCUUACUGGAAUUCACAUUGACUCAUACCAUAGAGAUUGCUUGGAGGUUCAUAGUUCUGCAGCAUCUGUGUCCUUGUUCUGUGGUUUUUGUACAUAUGUUUCAUGUAUUUUACUCAGUUCUUGUUUGUUAUCUUUAGAGUGUUUUAAACUACAGUGAAGUCACAUGACUAACCUCUCCAGCUCAAUUUUGCUUUAAAAUUGGACUUAUGAUGAACUAUAUUAAGAUCUAAACUUAGUAUGUGCUAUUAAAAUAAUUUUAAAUAAUUCAAGCAGUACAUGUUUGCUGCUGAAGUUUUAAAGGAAGUCAGA